AUUUAUGUGAUCAGUUUGGCUGAACCUCGCCUGCCCCUGCAGCUGGAUGAUGCCAUUCGGCCUGAGGUUGAAGGAGACGAGGAAGGAAGAGCUACUGUUAACCAGGAUACAAGAUUAGACAACAGAGUCAUUGAUCUUAGGACAUCAACUAGUCAGGCAGUUUUCCAUCUCCAGUCUGGCAUCUGCCAUCUCUUCCGAGAAACUUUAAUUAACAAAGGUUUUGUGGAAAUCCAAACUCCUAAAAUUAUUUCAGCUGCCAGUGAAGGAGGAGCCAAUGUAUUUACUGUGUCAUAUUUUAAAAAUAAUGCGUACCUAGCUCAGUCCCCACAGCUGUAUAAGCAAAUGUGCAUUUGUGCUGAUUUUGAGAAGGUUUUCUGCAUUGGACCAGUUUUCAGAGCUGAAGACUCCAACACCCACAGGCAUCUAACUGAAUUUGUUGGUUUGGACAUUGAAAUGGCUUUUAAUUAUCAUUACCAUGAAGUUGUAGAAGAAAUUGCUGACACCUUGGUCCAGAUGUUCAAAGGACUUCAAGAAAGGUUUCAGACAGAAAUUCAAACAGUGAAUAAACAGUUUCCAUGUGAACCAUUCAAAUUUUUGGAGCCAACUUUAAGACUAGAAUAUUGUGAAGCAUUGGCUAUGCUUAGAGAAGCUGGAGUUGAAAUGGGAGAUGAAGAAGAUUUAAGCACACCAAAUGAAAAACUGUUGGGUCGUUUGGUAAAGGAAAAGUAUGAUACAGAUUUUUAUAUUCUUGAUAAAUAUCCAUUGGCUGUAAGACCUUUCUAUACCAUGCCUGACCCAAGAAAUCCUAAACAGUCCAACUCUUAUGAUAUGUUCAUGAGAGGGGAAGAAAUACUGUCAGGAGCUCAAAGAAUACAUGAUCCUCAGCUACUCACAGAGAGAGCUUUACAUCAUGGAAUUGAUUUGGAGAAAAUCAAGGCUUACAUUGAUUCCUUCCGCUUUGGCCCUCCUCAUGCUGGUGGAGGCAUUGGAUUGGAAAGAGUGACUAUGCUGUUUUUGGGACUACAUAAUGUGCGUCAGACCUCCAUGUUUCCUCGAGACCCCAAACGACUCACUCCUUGAAGUCAUACUUUUUAUUCUUUCUAGUCAACUGCCAUUAAUCAAGUUGUACCUUAGAUAUUUAAAAUAUGUUGUGGAAUAAAUGUCUUAUCUAAAGUACCACAGUUAUUUUUCAAUUGUUCAGUAUAAGUUAA